AUGGCAGAAUCCAAUACCUCGGGACCAUCGUCAGGCGUAGAAGCGUCGGCGAGCUCCAACCUCAAGCAACGUCGCCGACCGAAUGCGCCCGGUAGGUUGCCCUCGGGCGUGCCUCUCAAUCCCGGGACAGGGGCACCCCGGACCGCGAUGCGAGCGACCUCGUCCUCGUCGGUCCAACGCGUCCCCUUGCUCAGUCGGUCUCUGUCGAUGAAGAUCGGCGACCAACCGGUGAACCCGCAGAUCGAACUCGACCCGAGCACGGGCAAGAUGAAGCUCUCGGUCGUCAACACGCCCUGGCAAGAGUUCGGCGAUAUCGACCUGUCCGACUCGUUCCUCAAGGCGAUACACGAGGGGCCCUUCGAGCCCAAGAAGAAACUUCCGUGGUGGAGGAAGCGUAGGACCGUAUUCAUCGUCGGUGGCGUAUUGGGCAUACUGUCGGGGUCAGUGCGCAACUUCACGGUCACCCCGCCGAGACGGAACGAGAGCGAUGCUGAGCGUGAAAGACGCCGUCUCGUCUUUUUCGCCCGGCUUUCAACUAGCGAAAGCUGACUUACGAACUCUACUACUGUAGAUGGCUCCUCACGGAGGGAGAUCCUCUCUCAGGACUCGCAAACCUCGACUUUGGCGACGGCAUGUCCAAGUUUGACCUGCAAAACCUGAUGUCCGAACUGCCCUCGCUCACGAGUCUCAACGUGACCGACAUGUUCACACCGGGGAGGGAGUGGCUCAACGCUCGCUCGACCAACUUCCUUAUCGGCAGGGAAGCUGCUGAGCGCGGUCUGGAGAAGAAGCAUGCUGUAUGUCUGGUCCUGACCGGACUGAUCGAAAGAGGGGAGAGAGAAAGGUUUCCAACCUGGCACCUGAUACUUCCUCUCCUCCACCGGCAAAUAACCCCCUCUCUAGGUUAUUAUUAUUCCUGGUAUCAGUCAGUCAUGCGACUGCGCUAGACCGAUGGAUGAGUUUGUCACUGACUCUGAUGAUUUCUACACUCCAGUCUCUUCGGGUCUGGAAUCGUGGUCAACGACCCCCGACGCUGCCCCUUGGUUCCGUAAGCGUAUUUGGGCUUCAACGACAAUGAUUCGCGCCUUGAUUACGUCGAAGGAUACCUGGGUCAAGGCUAUGUCCUUGGAUGAGCAUACAGGUCUCGAUCCGAUCGGGUACAAGGUCCGAGCGGCUCAAGGUCUCGACGCGGCGACGGCUUUCAUGCCAGGGUAUUGGAUCUGGCAGAAAGUCAUCGAAAAUCUUGCUGUGAUCAACUACGAUCAUAACGACAUGCAUUUGAUGUCUUGUAGGUUUGGCCCUGUUGAUUGGUUGACUUCCGACCGAUUGAUCGGAACUGAGCGCUCUCAUAUUCACACAGACGAUUGGCGCCUCUCUUACUACAACUUGGAAGUGCGAGAUCAGUACUUCUCCCGUCUCAAAUCCCAGAUCGACUACAAUCUCGCAAUCGGAGGAAAGAAGACGGCGUUGCUCUCACAUUCGAUGGGAUCUCUUGUCGUACUGGUAUGUCCAAGUUUUCUGACUCGGUCACUCAGCUCAGCGCAGCUAACGCGGAUCUAUCCCCAUCCCUCUGCGCGCAGUGGUUCAUGAAAUGGGCUGAGCAUCCAGAGUAUGGAAAGGGAGGACCGACGUGGGUCGAAGAACACAUUUCCGAUUGGGUGAGCUGCAAGAUCCCCCCUCGUACGAGUUGUAAGAGUUGAAACUCAUGCUCUUCUUUCCUCACAGAUCAACAUCGCCGGAACCAUGCUCGGAGUCCCCAAGGCCAUGUCGGCUCUUUUGUCCGGUGAAAUGCGCGACACGGUCGAGCUCAACGGAGCAGCGGUCUACCUGCUCGAGAAGUACUUCUCGCGUCAAGAGCGCGCCAAGUUGUUCCGUUCUUGGGCUGGAGCGGCUUCGAUGAUGCUGAAGGGUGGGAAUGCGAUUUGGGGCGAUCAAGAUUCCGCUCCGGAUGACCACGCAAACGCGACGUUGACUGCGGGAAAAAUCUAGUCAGUUGCUUUCACAGCCUUCUUUUCUCGGACCCCAAAAAGCCGUAACUGAGACUACAGACCCCCUCCGCUGACAGCUAUUUCAAGCCGGAAACCCAAGAAGGCAACACCGACAUCACCCGAUCGACGGCGAACCCCAACCUGACGAUCGAAGAAGCGACGUCUUAUAUCCUCAACCACGUGCCACCGUCGUACCAGACGAUGAUCCAUAGCAAUUUCUCGUUCGGAUUCGAGAGUGAUCCGGUGCAGCUCAAAGAGAACGAUGACGAUCAUCGCAAGUGGACGAACCCUGUCGAGGUGGCGCUGCCGAAUGCUCCUAGUCUGUCGAUUUAUUGUCGUAAGCAGCCGCAUUCUCGUUCGGGCUCUGCACGAUCGAAACGAAUACUGACGGAGUUCGAGCCUCUCUGGCGCCUCAGUCUAUGGUACAGGCAAAGAAACCGAACGCGCCUACUUUUACCAACAAGGUGGCUACGAGCACGACGAAGCACCCACGGUCGAAGAACCCGUCUGCACCGAUCCGGAUGCAGAGUGCGGUGAUAUGGAACAAACACCUCGGCCGCCACUUGACCUGCCUUUGUCGAGAAGGGUGUGGAUAGACCCUUCGGUCACGCUCGACGGGGAGUCGAUCCCGAAAGUCAGGAGUGGUGUCGUCUUGUAAGUUCAGGUGCUGAAAAGGUCCGUGUGCCCCUUGCAAGGACCUGAUGGGACCCAACUCUGCUCGUUGCGACAGCAACGAUGGCGAUGGCACGGUGUCGCUACUUUCUCUUGGAGCAAUGUGCGCGAAAGGAUGGAAGGUGAGUUGCUUCUCGAACCACGGGCAGUCCAGAGCCAAUACUGACGCGCGUUGUCCUCUUUCAAAGCUUCCUCUUUACAACCCCGGCGGAUCGAAAGUGAUCACUCACGAGAUCAAACACGAACCUCUCGCCUUUGAUCCUCGCGGUGGUCCAACCACAGCCGACCACGUCGACAUCUUGGGUUCUUCCGAAUUGAACGACGCCAUCAUGGAAGUCGUCAGUGGCAACGGCGAAAAGGUCAAGGAUCAGUAUUUCUCCGAGAUCCGAUCCUUUGUCGAGAAGAUCAAAUGGUGA